AUGUGACAGUUUUCGAUAAUAGAAAAAUAAAAUGUGAAAAAUGUACCUUGUUCGUUGUGCAACCCAUUUGUGUUUUGUUAAGUUAUUUUUUGUGCUGUUUUGUAUUUCUACUAGGACGUCAGAAAAUGAUUCUUUAAAGGUUUGCCAAGAGGAAAUUACAGAUCAGGUUAAGUGGCCCACAACACCCGUAAAUUCGUGCUCAACUUCAGAACCACUAUGCAUAAACAACUUUGAAAUAACCGAAAAAUGUUGCGUUAGUAAUGAGACCUGGUGGAAAAAUAACCCAACUUGUUGUGAUAUACAGGAACAUAUAAAAAGCCCGUGUCCCAAAGACUCGUUCCAAAAGGAUAAUAUUUGCAUUUUUGUUAGAGAAACAACCUACCCUCCAAGGUGUCCUUAUGAAGAAAUUUUAGCUUUUGACAGCUACAUUCAGUAUAUUGAUGCUAUAUUUCCCAUAUGGUUACCGGUUGAAAAAGACAAAGGAGAACUAUAUGGUGAAGGCCUAUUUUAUUGGACAGAAAAUUCUCAAAAUUAUAAAACAUCUUACGCUAAACAAUUUUACUACCAGGAUUUACUGCAAGACAAAAAUUGUCUUCUUUUUCACAAUGAAAGUUAUACUGAAGCCGUUGCCUGCACAGAAACGCACCCAGCCAUAUGCGCUUACGAAAUCCUUAGCCAAAAAACUAAGAGCUUUUGCUCGCAAGUCUUUAAUUCCUCAUGCAAACAAAGUGAUUACUCAACAAAAUCAAAAUGUUUUUGCCAAAUAAAUCGAACAGAAAAAGAAAUAAACCGAAUCGAAUUAUUAAUACCAUAUCAAAACUUGCUAUAUACCUCUUUGGACGAAAUUUGUUACAUAGGUUUAGAGAAAAAAGGCGAUUCAUAUAUAUGGUCAAACUCUAACUUACCAAUCACUUACACUUAUUGGUCAACCAAUUCCAAAUUUGGAAAAGAAUAUUUAUUUGGAGCUAUGUCUUCAGAUGGUUGGCUACUAAAAUCGACCGAAGAUGAAGAAAGUUGCACUUUAAUUCAAAAAUCUCUUCCAGAUGUAGUUAAUGAAAUAUCUUUAACGUUAUCACUAAAAAAUGAAACAACUUUAUAUGCGGUAUCUGAAGAAUUACCAUAUUGGAAACAAGAUGAAAUCAGUUCGGAUCCAAUGAUAUUUUGCUUUACAGACGCUUCCAGUGACACGAUAAUACAAAAAAUUGAUACACAAAUAAAUGUUGUUGAAAAUAAACUAGAAGUUGAAUUUUCAUUGUUAAAUGAUGCACCCGGAAAUUAUUGGUGUGAAGGCUUUUUGUAUCCUGAAUUGAACGUAAAGAAAUCAAAUAUUUUCCACAAAGAGUCAACAAAUCGAGAGUACGUAGCAAUUGUUACAACCUCUUAUAUACCAGUAAUUGAAAACCCGCUUACAGAUGGAUUUAUCAAACAAAAAUACGAACUUUUUAUUAAAACUUUAGCUACUCUAGAAAAAGACUUUACUACACUAAUUAAUGUCUUUCCGAGAAUAUACAAGAUAGUAAAAGUCGAUGAAGCUGCCUCUACAAUUACUUUAAACUUUCACCUAACGUCAAACACCAGUAUGAACGAAGUUGAAGUUUAUUCUGGGUUAUUACCGGCUAUGAAUGUCCUUAGGGAAUCUAGUGCAUUUUUUUCUAAUAAUUUUUAUAUGACAACUUUUUGCAUUGGAUUUCAAACUAAUAAUGAGCAAGACGCUACAAUUACAUGGCCUUUGACUAAAGUUAAUGAAGUUGCUUAUAAACCUCGCGAAGAAUGGUGUCUUGAUAAAGAUGGGUCUGUUAUCACUAUGUCGUGCAAAGGUAACUUUAUCGAUGGAGCUUCCUGGGUGCCCAUGGAAAAACAAUGUUCUUCUUUAGAAAAUGUCCAAUUGCAUCUAAUUCUGAAUCAAGUUCUCAAAAUAAACAAUCCAAGCAAUUAUAUGUCCUUAGUUCGAGAACUCAUACAAAAAAAGAGUGAAGAAUUUCAAACUGUUCACAUCAAUCUCAUAGCUCAAUUUUUGAAACAAAUUUCAGAGGGGGAACCAAUUAAUUCAAGUAACAUCGAAGACUUUGCUAAUUUAGUAGACGAAGUCAUUAAUAUAAAUGAAGAUCUUUUGAAGCAGUCCCAGAUAGAUCAUAAUAGUACUGAUGUGAUACUUUAUUGUAUCCAUAAAAUAUUGGAAAAAUCUAAUUUUCAUGACGCUAUAAUUAGAAGUUCGUUCUCAAUAAUAACGCUAUUAAUAGACGAGUUUUAUAGCAAUUCGAUAGUUUGGACAAGAUCGGCUAAUGGAUACGAUAUAGAGUAUGUAAAUUUAACUGAAAGUGAUCUUGAGUUAAAUAACUUCAGCGCUGAUUUUGAUUCAAGUUUGAUUUUUGAUAGAAACCUACUAAAUGAGAUAAUAAAUGUAAACAACAACCGAAUCAUAAUUAUAGCUUAUUUUAAAGGAACACUUUUCAAUGAAGAUUAUUUACAACAGCAUGCUUCAACAGUUUUUAGCACUAUUUUUCCAAAUAUGCCGAGUUGGAACACUUCUGAUUUGGAUAACCUUAUCAUUACUAUGUAUAACGCUAAUAAUAUUGAGAAUCCUGAUAUGCUUAACUGUUCUUAUUGGUCAAAAGAUAGUGAAAAUACUAAAGGAUAUUGGUAUCAUAACAGUAAAAGUAAAUCACUAGAUUCGAAAUUGUUGUGUAAUUUUAAAAAAAUUACUAACGUUGGCUUAAUAUCUGUCGAUAAUGUAACUGCACGACUAGAAGCAUUAGUGGAAGAUAAGCAAAUUGAUUGUUCUGAAAUUUUACGAAGAAUUAAAAUAUUACUAAGUUCUCUAUCCACACAAUUUCAAAGCACAGAUAUCUCUUUGACUAGCAAUCUGCUUCUAAGAUGUCAAAGUGAUGUAGAAUCAGUUUCAGAUAUUUUGGAUCAACUAUUAGAUUUACCUGCAAAUGCAUUAUUUUCUAGUGAAACAGUUCUACUAGAUACAUUUUAUACUAUUUUUACAGGAAUUAAUAAUAAUAAUAUUGAAAUUAUUAAAAAGAAUUUUGCGGUAUCUAUAACAGAUAUUCACGAUGUACAAGGUUUUCAUUUAGAAAAGUGCGAUAAUUAUUGCAACAUAGUACUGGAUCGUGGAAAAUCUACAGAGAAGGAAUAUGAAAUCAGUUUUACAAUGAGUGAAGAAUUAAUUAAUCAACUUAUUGCAAGUCUGCUUAGUAAGAUUAUAUUUAUUUUAUUUUCGAACGACGCUCUGUUUUCAAAUAAAAAUUAUUACAAGUUAAGAGAAUCUUCAAAGGUAGUUGGUUUAAUGAUAGACGUCCCAGAUUUAUUUAAAUUGAAUGGCGAUAUAUCAAUUGUUUAUAAUAUAGAAAAUGAUUCUAUAAACCAUACAUGUGAGUUUUGGAUGAUGGAUCAUUGGGAUCCAACUCUACCAGUUAAUUUCUUGGGCAUGAAUCAAUAUAACUGUAAAUAUUGGGAUUUUGGGUAUUAUACCCUUCGUUAUAAUUACGUGAACGUAACAGCUUUAAUAGAAGAAACUCUUAACGAAAAUUUGGAUACUUACGAAACAUUGGUAAUUUUGGGAAAUAUAACACAAGUUUACACAAAAAUAUUCAAAGCAGUAGAUAUCGAUCUUAUUGCAUCUUAUUUGUCUCAAAUAAAAGAUGCAGACAACAAUAUAUUUGAUAAAUACGCAUUUGUUAUUUCAAAUAUAAUGGAAUUAAAUAGAGAAGUAGUUAUAGAAUCGGAAAGAAAAUAUUCAUCUACAAAUAGAAUUAUAAAUUCUAUAACUAAUAUUGCUGGACAAGUUGAUGGUCCUAUAAAUGUAUGUGAAUCUAAUUUAAUUGUAAUUAAAACACAAACCAUUGCUAACAUUUCAGGAUUAAUUAUUAAUGAUAUUGGAGGAUCUUGUAAUUUUAACCCAAUACUAGAUAUUAUUCCAGUAAAUUUAAAUACCGGAAUUAUCCUAAAAUCUGAUCAAAUAAUUCCUGAGACAAUCAUGUUUACAGCAUUCUAUACGAAUUCAAUAUUUAUCGAAAAGAUGGAUCAAAAAAAUACAAGUGUUAUUUUUGGUGUACACAUACUUGGCUACGAUUCAGUUAUUUCAAAAGACAUCACAGUAUAUUUUGAUGGAGCAAAUAUCAAAUCAGAAUAUUUGGGAUGUGUUUAUUGGACCGGCUCUCAAACAACAACAGGAUGGUGGGAAUUAUCUGGACGAGCUAGUCCUAGUUUUACUUGUAACCACUUUAAGCAAGGUUAUUUUACUUUAUGGGAAGCAAAUGAGACCACUUUUAAUAUUUCUGCAAUGCUUGAAGAUGUAUACAAUUCGGAAGAUUCAACAGAAAAAAAAUUGGAACGAUUGGAAAGUAUUUCAACAUACCAUGAAAAUUUUAAAUCUAUAGAUAUAAUGUUAUUAUCACAAUGUUUUUUACAACUUUUACAACUUGAUAAGAUAAACCAUGACAGCAUUACUGUUUUAAAAAGAAUCGGAAUCAAUUACUUUAAAAUACCAAGUAGUAUCAAAUAUGAAUCUCAAUCGCUACAUAAUGCCACAAGUUCCAUUUUAGAUUUCAUUUAUAAUAAUGGACUUUCGUUAGAUUCGAAUGCGACAAUAGAGCUGGAAUCUUUUUUUCAAAUAAUUAAAUGUGACAUUGAUAAAAACUUCUACCUAAUAACCAUGCCAAAUAAUAAGUUACAUUGUUUUCAUGUACCUUUUGAGCCUGAAGAAAGUAACAUUACAGUGGUUUACAUGCAAUUAUCAUCAAUAAAUAGUGCAAUCUCUGUUAGCAUAUUUGACGAAAAUGAUUUAUUUGUUGAUAAAAAAUCAACGGCAACUUCCAAAAUUAUAGGAAUUUAUGUUUCAAAUCCAACGAACGAUAUUUCAAUAGACGUGUUCUUUAAUCAAACUACAGUAAACAAUCCCAAUUUUGCUUGUGGAUUUUGGACGUUUGUACCCAAUGAAAAUGGCAAAUGGACAUAUUUUCCAACUAACAAAGAACCAACUCGAACCGUUUGUACCGUUUCGAAUGUAAAAGCUGUUCAACACAUUGCCUUAGUAGAUCUGACCUUCACGAGAGUAUUAAAAGACAUUUUUCGUGGCCCUUAUACUUAUUUUGAAAAGAUUUCAGCCGUUUCAAAGUUAAUGCCCGAUUUUCAAAAUCAGUUUGAACCAAAAAAUGUUGAUCAGAUUUAUCAAAUAUUGAAUAGUACAGAAGUUUUCGAAGACAUUCAUUUAACGAUUUUUGUUGAUAUUAUAAAUAAUUUGAUGGGUCUUAAAAGAGAGAUAUUGGCGUCUGCUCAAAAACAUUACAACACCACUGAAAAUCUAUUAAAUUGUAUAGAUAGUCUGAUAAGAGGAUAUAAAGGUGAAAUAUUCCUUAAUCACAACAAUUUUGGACUAAUAAUCAAGUCACAUGUUACUGGUAUAGUUUUCAAGCAUUCUAACAAAUUAUCAUAUACUAUAAAACAUAUACUUUAUGAUAAUCAAGAUAAUCGUAAACCUGAUAGUUUAGAUACAUCACUAAUUAUAGAUAAUCCAACUGAGAUACCAAAUAAAUUAUACAUAUCUGUAUAUUUGAAUAAUGCCUUAUUUAAUGGAAAGUAUGAACCAAGUAUUAGGGAUGAGGCGAUCAUAGUGGGUAUUGGUGUUUCUGAUCCAACAGUGAAAACUUCUUUAAAGACAUACUUUGCCAACUAUGAAGAUCAAAUGAAUAUAUGCGCUUACUGGAACCACAAUGAUGCCCAAACUGGUUUUUGGGAAACAAUCACAAAAUGCCCCUGUGAAAAUCGAAUGAAUGUGAAAUAUUUCGCACUUUUAGAAGAAUACAAUGUAACAAGCGAUUUGCAAGAUAUUUUCGUUGCUAACAUUUCACUAGACGAAAAGUUAGUGAAUGUAAUAGGAAUAGUUCAAAAUAGCACGGACAUUUUGAAACCGUACGAUAUCUAUCUGAUCUCAAAAAUUGUGGGUUUACUCCGUGAAUGUUUAAAUACAACAAAAUACCAAGUUGACCUAACAUCUCAAAUAAUGAGUGAGUUAUUCAACGUAAAUAGAGCUAUUUUACACGAAUCGCAACUGGUGUACGCAGCUACCGAUAGUCUGCUUUACACCACUGACCAAGUUAUAAUGAGCUGUGCAGAUGAUUUAGAAGAACCAAUGAUUCAUACGAACUUUACAAUAGUUAAGACUGAUGUUAAAGAUGGUAACAUUACUAGCUUAGUAUUUAACGACUGCACUACUACAGCUUGUAAUAUCUCAUUUUUAAAUAAUGAAAAUAUCAGCGAAAUUCUCACUAAUACAACAUUUAAAACUGCAUUAGUCUUUAGUUCUGAAUUAAUUGAACAAAUAAAAGUAAACGAUGGACCAGUAAAUUUGAUGAUAACCCUUUAUUUUCAUGAUAAUUACUUUAACGAAAAUCCUAGUAGGAAUAUGGAUACCAGCCAUGUUAUGGGAAUAAUACUAGAAGGUUUAAAUACAGAUUUACAAGGCAAGAUUUACUUGAUGUACAAUAUUGAAAAAAUAAAUGUUUACGAUGACAGAAAAUGUGCUUUUUGGAAGUAUCAGGUUGCUGACUCACCUUCUCACGGUUUUUGGCAAAAUGAUGGAAUGCCUACUUCUGAUAGCGGAUUUAUAAUUUGUGAAUAUAGUCACUUAACACAUUUUGUACUUCUUCUUGCAGGUUCCGGCAGCAUUAUCGAACAAUUAAAUAAUUCACACAUACUUGACAUAAUUACCAACAUAAAUAGCGUUUUAUCCCUUUUCGGCCUCUUCGGUAUUUUAUUAACAGCUGUGCUUUUUGACAGAUGGCGAAAUAAUACAGGAAACCAAAUUUUAAUCAAUUUUUCAAUAGCUAUUUCUAUUAAAAACGUAAUGCUUUAUAUUAGCGAAGGCAUUUAUACGGAAUCUGAUAAAAGUAUGGCUUGCACAAUUACCGGAGGGAUACUACAUUACUCAAUUUUAUCAGAAUUUUGUUGGAUGUUAAUCAUAGCUAUUUUGCAAUUUAAAAGAUUUGUAGAAGUCUUAGGAGGACCUUUAAAAUACGUUUUACUGAAAGCUUGUAUUUGUGGUUGGGUGUUUCCAGCUCUACCAGUAUUCCUUAUCAUCAUUAUCGACGUUAAUAAUUAUAAUAAAAGCGAGGUCGGCCUCUGCUAUCCUUCUGGUUUUGGAUUAUACCUUGGAGUGUGGCUUCCUCUGGUAGUCAUUAUAAGCAUAAAUUUCAUAAUAUUCCUUUUCAUUCUCUACAAUGUUUUCCAUAAGAAAACUGAAUACAGAGAUCAAGUUAACCAUGACAUCAUUUUUCAAUGGAGACUUGCCAUACUUCUUUUUUCAAUGUUAGGUUUGACCUGGACGUUGGGUUUCCUUUCUUUAAUAUUUGGAUCUAGUAUAUUUGCAGUGCUGUUUUGUUUCUUGGCGACACUGCAAGGAUUCGUUAUGUUUAUGUUUUUUAUUGUGUUUAACAAGAACGCGAGAUAUUUGUAUGUUCAAUGUUUUAGCUCGUGGAUGUAUUCUAAAGGGUAUAAGCAAGGUAUAAAGUAAAUUAAAAUUAUACAAAGGUUACCUACUUUAAUCUGUAAAAAUAUUGUAUAUAUACAUUUAGUGCUAAAGAAAGAAAUAAAAAGCACGUUUUAACGUCUACGAUAUUAAUAUCCAAAAUCCCCAGGCUAAGUGUUCGUUGGACCACCUUGUAUUUAAUUUUGUUAUAGAAUUAGUCCUAACUGUUCAAAUUACAAGAAAAAUUAAACCAUCAAAGACCAUAAUUUUUUAUACAGGGUAUCCCAUUUGUGCUUAAUUGCUUCAUAUUUUAAUUUGUCUAUACAAGUUUCAAAUUAAAGUUAUAGAAAUUUGAAAAAGGCAUACUUUUUUUUUCUUUUGUAUACAAGAUGUUAGAUUUUUGCCUGGCAAAUAAAAAUAUGUACCUAUAUUUAAAUAUAUUUUAUUUCAAUGAAACCAAAUGAAGAUUUCUAAUGAAAUGCAAAAUCGCUCGGGAGCUGCGAUAAUAGUCCCCUACCCUCUGUAAGGGUAGGCGUGCACUCUUCUAGAAACUCUUACAGAACACUGGAGUGAUAGGUGACAUAUUACCCUUUUUUUAGUCGUACGUUUCGUAUAACAGCCGCAGGCUACUUCAGGGUGCAGGAUAACAAUACUAAAAUAUAUGUAAUCAUUUGUUAACACAUUUUAUUGCUGCAAUUAAUAAAAAAACUCAUAGGGGUUCAAUUUGAAAAAUGAAUGUUAGGAGUAGCAUCUAGAGGUUGAUUUGAGUUCAUCUUGUAAAAUAUUGUUUAAUCCCAUAUGUAAUAUUUACCACAUUUUAUGCUUACCUUAGAAAAAUGUUUGAUUGUUAAGAUAGGUACACCUAACAUUUUAAAUUUUAAUUAAAGUUCUUAGUUAUUUACUUAUAACUAGUUUACAUAUAAUUACAUCGACUUGAAUUGUAAAGAGAGAUCCCAAUGAUUCAGUUAUAUCUCUUUUAGUAAUACGGAAUUCAAUAAAAAUAUUAUUGAUAAUGUAGAUAGAAUUGAAUAAACAAAAAAUGAAAUUUAAUAAUUCAAUACAAUGAAUAGCAAGUAGGCGAAUCAAAUUAAAUUAAAUAAAAUAUUUUUUGAAAAAUUAAUUUCCAGCAAGCUGUAAAUUGUUUUAAUACCUUUAUUUGGUCCUAAAUUCGUAUAAUCUAAGUUUGCACAAUCCCAGGAAGUAAGUAUAACUUCUGGUAGCUAAAAAACCGUCAAAUUUUUGCACUUUUAUUGGUUUUUUGCUUGUAGCUGAAAAAUGAUGCGUCGGACGGAAAAUGUUAUUCCAUUUAAUAAUAAAAAAGACUAAAUUAUGCGUUAAAUGACAUCUAAAACUUAUAAUUCGGUUCAGUGGUAUAGCCAAAAUCAAUAGUUUGACACUGGAAAAAAUUUUCAUUUCAGUGCAAAUUAUAUUUUGCGACUUUUUAAAGCAAGUACACUUCUGCAAAUGUGGUGUUCACUUAAUCGAUGACUGCAAUCAUGUCGAAAGAACAAUUUCUCUUUACCGACAAUAACAAAGAACGGCUUAUUUCCAUGCUGCGUGAGAAAUUGGUACAGCAUUGGUUUAAAAUGAGGCUAAGUAUUGAGGGUGUUAACACCUUUAUUGUCAACACUAUCAUUUAAUUGGCAGGUAACUUUGCGACGGUCAUCAUAAUCGGGGAGAACAUCCAUUUAUUGAUUCUAUUGACCACCAAAGCACCAAAUUCAUCCAACAUUUACGUCAUGAAACCUGGAAAGGCAACCUCUCGGAACACUUUCUGCUCUCACAGGUUAUUCAAAUUCUCGUAUGUUGUCAAACAGAACCUUCUGUUCCUAGAUGCAAUCAGUGGGUGUGAUACAACCUCUACAUUCUAUUUUCAAGAGAAGUUAAAGUUGUUAAGCCCCUUCAAAAGAACACGCCAUUACUGUCAACGUUUUUCAUCAUGCAGAUGUUGACCGUGAGGUUCUCAUUCCAGCAGGUUAAUUAUUCUUGGUAUCUCUCUAUUCACUUAAUGGCAAUAAGACCUCCUUAAACAAAUCCGCUACGAGAUAUUUUCAAAAUCCCUAAUAAAGUCAACUUUUAAUCUAGCUUCUCUACCUCCAACAAAUGCAGCCGCCACCCAACAUAUUCUGCGAGUAUACCUUCAAAUUCAGGACUGGUAUGAUAGACUAAAGGAUCCUCUCAGCCUGGCGUUAGAGGAGGAUGGACCUUAGUCUUCUUCCCAUGAUAAACACCAAGGAUCCAGCUUCAGCUGAAAUUUUCAACACAGUGUCCUGCAAAUGUACAGGGAAGUGGAGCUACCGAAAAAUGGGGUAGUAAUGUUAAACAAUAUGCCUCAACUGGAACGACCAGUCAUGUUCGAAUUCAGCACACUUUAAGGAUGAGGGUGUGACCCACAUUACUGUGAAAGCAAAAUAGGUGAGGAUAGCUAUCGACAACUAAGAAAAUGCGAACAUGAAUGCUGCCACCAUUUGUGCUGCAUGCCUAUUGAUUUAUAUUUCUUCAAUAAACUUUAAGUGUUUUUGUUACAUCAUUACAUCCAAGCUAUUAAGAACUAUGAUUAAUUUCCUUAUAAAUUAAUAUUAAUAAAACUUUUUGCGGUUUUUUGGCUACCAAAAUUUAUGCUCACCUCUUGGGAUGGUACAAACUUAGAUUACACGCAUUUAGGGCUAAAUGAAGGUAUUAAAACGAUUUUUCAACUCGGUUUUUUUCGAUUUCAUUUUAUUGGCCUAUAAUGCAAUUUAUAUUUGUUGUAUUUAUUUUGUCUACAAACAAGACAAUAAUAAAUAAAUAAUGUUCUUAAAUUUUUUUUAUAAAUAGUGAAUAGUAAGUAUUUAACUGGGCAGCCAUUUUUCAUUUCAGUGCAAAAUAAAUCAAAUAUUUUA